CAAAACAAAAAAUGACACUUGUGUUUUCAUUGAUUGCAUUCAUCACUUAACUUCUCAGGCGUGAUAUUCCCACUCCCAAAGCCUCUUCUUCGUCUUCUUACCCUAGCCGGCCGACUGCUUCACAUUCAGGUUUGAUUUGUUGUGAUGGAAACUACAAUUGUUGGGCAGUAGAUUAAGAGGAACUCAAAAUUGGCCAAGAUGGAUGGGCAUGGCAAUUUGAAUUUCAAGAAUUGGGGGUUUUUUGACCCAACAGCCACGGCCUUGAAGAGCCAUUUGGGUCUGCAACUCAUGCCUACCAUUGCAGAAAAGCCACUCUUUGGUGGUGGUGGUGGUGGUGGUCGUGACCGCCACCAUCACUUUCAACCCCACCACCCUCACCUCUCAGCUGUCAUGGCAUCAACCAGUCCAGGUCUUUAUCAACAUCACCGGGUUGGUGGGAUCUCAGAAUCUGCAAUGCCGGUGGAGUACAUGAGGGAUGCUUGGUUUAACCAUAGUAGGGAGAAGUGUCUGAAUGUGCUCUCCGGGAAUCAACACCAUCACCAACCAGUGUAUGGUGUCUUGCCUGAGACGUCUUCUGCUCAGUCUAUUCAUACACUGCAGCAUACGAAUCUGUCAAAAACCGAAACUGCAUCUUCUCAGAUGGAAUUGGUUUGUGAAGAAAAGGUUGUUAGUGCCCUUGUCAAGAAGAGGGAAGGAGAUAAACCCCAAGUCCAAAAGUCUCCGAAAGCAAAGAAGGCAAAGAGAGGCCCUAGGAUUCCCAUAGACGAGUGUACUCCUACCCCAUCUAUUUCUCGGGCAAGGGCUCCCAAAAGGAGUGCAGAGGUUGUUAUUAAUGGUAUGAGUAUGGACAUCUCAGGAAUUCCUGUACCUGUUUGUUCAUGUACAGGGAACCCACAGCAGUGUUAUAGGUGGGGCUCUGGUGGGUGGCAAUCAGCAUGUUGUACCACUAAUUUAUCCUCCUAUCCAUUGCCUAUGAGCACAAAACGACGUGGUGCAAGGAUAGCAGGACGGAAGAUGAGUCUAGGAGCAUUUAAGAAAGUAUUGGAGAAACUUGCAUCUGAAGGUUAUAAUUUCUCCAACCCAAUUGAUCUCAAGCCUUAUUGGGCAAAGCAUGGAACCAACAAGUUUGUCACAAUCCGGUAAACUUAUGAUGGAAAUGCUUUAGUUGGCCUCUCAACUACUUAUGGUGCAUUUUUGGUGUACAUAUUUGAGUAUGGCCGCGGACUGAGGCUUCUCAGGUAGUUUCUAACUAGUGGAAUUUCAGAAUUGCACCAAUUUUUCCUUAAAUUUUGAACUUUUGGCACUUCGAUAAGAUGUUCUUUUUUCACCACCUUUCGUUGUUAGAGGAAAUAUCAUUCUUGUCGAAAUGACAGAGCUCGGAAAUUAUUGAUGAUAUUUAUUUGUUUUUUCAA